UCCAUACGUUUUCAUUCAUUCUUUUAUAAAAGCCGAUUGUCGACACUUAAAAAAAAUUGUAUUCACUUGGCGCCUAUUUGUAUUGUAACCGGCGUUUUCAGUUUUUGUUGAUUUAAUUAUUCAAGAGGAGUCUCAAGGAUAAUCUUUAAUAUAAUCGUCCGACAUGGCUACAGACGUUACAAAAUCAGUUGAAGACGCAGAAAUGACGGAAUGUGAGGAAGAUAAAGUUGUAACAAUGAUGGACGUCUUGCAGGAACAAGAAAAUUUUGAAGAAGAUGCUAACGCUGUGUUGGGAGGUUCCGAUGAUAAAAACUGUACAUAUUCUAAGGGCUACAUAAAGAGACAAGCAUUGUACGCCUGCAUGACCUGCUGCUCUGAAGCGAAAUCUGACCCAGCUAAGAGAGCAGGUCUUUGUCUAGCCUGCAGCCUCACUUGUCAUGAAAAUCAUGAACUUAUAGAACUGUAUACUAAACGCAAUUUUAGAUGUGACUGCGGCAACUCAAAAUUCAACUCUAAUCCUUGUCAGUUAGCACCCAAAAAAGCAAAUUUUAAUGAGGAGAAUAGUUACAACCAGAAUUUUAGUGGAGUAUACUGUGUGUGUCGGAGGCCAUACCCCGAUCCAGAUUGUGAAACUGAAGAUGUAAUGAUCCAAUGUACCAUAUGCGAGGACUGGUACCACGGCACACAUUUAGAAACAACUGUCCCUAACAGUGAACUCUACACAGAGAUGAUUUGCAAAGGAUCUGUUGAAGAUAGUGAAAGGUCUCAGGAAAAUGAAGAUAUUAGCCUCACUCCUAAAAAAGAAAUUUCUUCUAUUGAUGAAAACAUUGAAGAAAAUAAAAAGAAAGUAGAAAUGAUGGAACAAAUAAUUCUAAGAUGGAAGCGAGGUGAAAAUAGACAAGAUGAAAAUACAGAUGGAGAGAAGCCUCUGGUAGAUUAUGAAAGUGAAAGCUGCAAGUCAAAAAUGAAUUUAGAUAUCACAGAAACAAGUCAGGAAGAUAUUAAGACUACACAUGAGAACGGGAAAUGUAUAAAAAAAAUGAUGCUGACAAUACUAUCAACAGAACAAGUGAAAAAAUUAGAAAAAAAGGAGAAGGGACAGAGGAAAAAACGGAAAACUUGGCAUCUCAUGAUGAAAAAGAUGUGUGUACAGAGGAGCAACAUUCUGGCCUCAACCUUCCGCCAGAGACUCUGCACAUGCAAUGAAUGUCUGAGCAUGUAUAAGGACCUGUCUGUUAUGUUCCUUAUGGACACUGAAGACACAGUCGUCGCCUACGAGAGCUUGGGCAAGGAGAAACACAACGGUAAGCCAUCACAGUAUGAAAAGGUCCAAGCACUUUCAUCGCUGGAUAGAAUCCAACAGAUCAAUGCCUUGACAGAGUACAACAAAAUGAGAGACAAGCUAUUAGACUUCCUUAAAAGCUUCAAGGACAGGAAAGAAAUUGUCAAGGAGGAAGACAUCAAAGCAUUCUUUGCCGGAAUGAAGCCCAAGAGGGAACCAGAGGGUGUGUACUUUUGUCGGUGAUCACCAAGCUGAUGUAAUAUUUUUGAAUCUUUAUCCUUCCAGGUUUAAGGACAAAGUGCUUUAAUUUUGUAGAACUUGACAGAUUAAAUAAUUUUUAUUUUA